AUGGGUGCUGCUGGAGUGGCUUCCACUGAUCAGGCUGAGACUUCACCGAUGGGUGCUGCUGGAGUGGCAUCCGCUGAUCAGGCUGAGACCUCACCGAUGGGUGCUGCUGAAGUGGCAUCCACUGAUGAGGUUGAGACCUCACCGAUGGGUGCUGCUGGAGUGGCAUCCGCUGAUCAGGCUGAGACCUCACCGAUGGGUGCUGCUGAAGUGGCAUCCACUGAUGAGGUUGAGACCUCAGCGAUGGGUGCUGCUGAAGUGGCAUCCGCUGAUCAGGCUGAGACCUUACCGAUGGGUGCUGCUGGAGUGGCAUCCGCUGAUCAGGCUGAGACCUCACCGAUGGGUGCUGCUGGAGUGGCAUCCGCUGAUCAGGCUGAGACCUCACCGAUGGGUGCUGCUGGAGUGGCAUCCACUGAUCAGGCUGAGACCUCACCGAUGGGUGCUGCUGGAGUGGCAUCCACUGAUGAGGUUGAGACCUCAGCGAUGGGUGCUGCUGAAGUGGCAUCCACUGAUCAGGCUGAGACCUCGCCUGAUCAGGCUGAGAUCUCACUGAUGGGUGCUGCUGGAGUGGCAUCCACUGAUCAGGCUGAGACCUCAGUGAUGGGUGCUGCUGGAGGGACAUCUGUUGAUCAGGUUGAGACCUCAGCGAUGGGUGCUGCAGGAGGGGCAUCCGUUGAUCAAGUUGAGACCUCACCGAUGGGUGCUG